UCUAGCAGCAGCUAUACCUUGCUUACAAGCCAGAGAGAACUAUUCUGACGACCACACGGAGACAAAGGCAACGUAGUGCGAGUAUACUGGAUGCUCAUUUGCCCCAAACCAAAGUUCAUCAUCUCUGUGCACUGGCCGGUCCCUUUGCUUCCAUGUAGCUACAUUUUCUCCGAACCACCUCUCCGUCUGUUCGUGCUGUUCAUCAUCAAUCCUGAUUGGUUCGAUCUACUUGGCUUCCGUUAUCAGACCAGCUUAUUUUCAACUUAAUUCAGACCAGUUUCUGAGAGAACAAGCCAUGGGUUAGAUCUUCCACACCAGAAAUGGCUCCCUUUUUCCAGUAGCUGAAAAGGAUGUUGCAGAGCUGUUUCUGAAGAUCCAGUCGCUACCUACACCGUGGAGAUUGUCUGAGCCGAGCAGACGACCUCUGGUUGAUCCAAUCCAAUCCUAUCCAUCAUGCGUACUGAGGUUAUCGCGGCGGACACCAUUGAUGAAGCUGUCCAACGAAUCCUCAAGGAACUGAAGGAGGACGACGAUGCUGCUGCUGGUGGUACUGCCGCUAGUAGCACCACCACCACCAGCAGGCACAAUGUCAUCUAUUUCGACGGCUGGGAUGGGCUGGGGGCAUCCGCCGUCCUCCGAGAGGUCGGCCGGCGCCUCACCGCCCGUCCGGACUUCUCGCAGAUCAUCCACAUCGACUGCUCCAAGUGGGAGAGCAGGAGAGCGAUGCAGAGGGCUCUUGCAGAGCAGCUUCAGCUGCCCCGUCCGGUGAUGGAGAUGUUCGAUGCGCAAGAUGAGGAGGACGAUUACAAUGGCGUGGACCAGGGCUCCCGCCUCGAGAUACCCAAGGUCGCCAGGGAGAUUUAUCAGCACGUACAGAAGCAGCCGAGCCACAGGUUCUUGGUGAUCUUCAACAAUGGGGGCUGCGAGGAGAUCGACCUUGAGAGCUCCGGCUUCCCUCUGUCUGGAUACUCGAGGAACAAGUUGUUGUGGUCGUUCCAAGGGGGGUUCCGGCUCUACGACAGGAUGAAGGUCGACGAAGCCCUGAAGAGCACGAGGGCGACGACAGAUGUCGUUGUCUCAGCAGACUCCAGUAGCCUUACCCAGGGCAAGUUUUCCGACAUUUUGCGCCAUGAGGCUGAAGAAGUUGCAGGCGGCAUGAACAGUACUGACGGCAUCGAUUGGCCUGCGGCAGCAGCCAACUGCUUCCUGUACACGAUGAGGCUCUGCGGCAUGGGUGGUCACUAUGACUUGGCCACCCAUAUCUGCAAUUACUGGAGAUGUGAUGGUGUCAUACAGCUCCGGCAGGGAGAUGCCGCCACUGAUGACGGUGUUGAUACACUGUGGCAAUCUAGUGAUGAUCUGAAGCGCAAGAUGCAACUGGAUGCAGACUACCACCAAAGUCCGCAUUCGCCAUCUCCGGUGGCAAGGCGCUUGCACGAGCGCAUAGCAUGCUGGACUUCACCAACCUACGGGUCCAUGCUGAUCCCGUCGAGUCAGUGUGGUCGCAUUCCUAAUGGCAUGUUCCAACAGUAUGACAACCUUAGUGUGCUCAAGCUAUCAGCGUGCGCAUUCAGCUUCAAAGCACCCCCGUUCCUCUGCUGCCACAGCCUUAGGUUUCUCUGGCUUGACCACUGUCGAGAUGAUGAAAGCAGGAGAGUCAGAGUAGGGAACCGGGAAGACUUGCGCCGGUUCUUCCAGAGGCUGUGGGUGUUGGACAUGCGCUACUCAAGCUCUACAUUAUUGUCUAAAGAAAUGGUGGAUUUCAUGACUCAACUCAGGGGACUAAAUGUGAUGGGACAGGACACUCAAGGUAUGAGUUCGGUUCAGGAGCGACGCACCGUUCGCAAGCUCCGCAUAACAAAGUCUCGUACCAGUGGAGUCUUCUGGUUCUCAGCCUCAGGGAACGACAAGAUGGAGCUGCUUGACUUCUCAGGAAAUAGUGGUUACAGGGGGUUACAUGUGGAAAGCAGCUGCAGCAGCCUUGAGACCAUCAUCAUUGACGGAUCUUCUGCUUUAGAAGUGAUCUCCUUCAAAGGAUGCGCCAAACUGAAGAACCUGUUCCUGAGCGGGUUGUUCCCGCGGCUCUCCAGCCUAGACAUCACUGGAACAGCAGUGAAAACACUUGAUCUCAAUGCGGUGGCGGCCCCGAAGCUGGAUGAGCUCCUCCUACUUGAUUGUGGGAAGCUUUUUGCGAUCCGAUGGCCACCUCAAGACAAGAGGAAAAGAUACUUGGAUAAGCUACGCAUCGACACCACCCAGAAGGAGGGCAGCACUACUGUCACUGCUGCAGCAACUGCUAAAGGAAGGCUACCAGUACCAGCUGAAUUUUCCUGGUACAUUUCUGCAAGGGAUGCAAGGCUCCUUGGGUCGCUUGGGCCUGUCAAAGAUUAUUUCGGUCCCAACCGUGCACAUGUGGAUAUUUCAACAACACCACCGCCGUCCCCUACUCAUCUCCAUGCCGAUGUUGCUGGUGGUAACGACAGAGGUGACAGAAUCAAGAGCAGAAACAGAAAGCAAGUGCAAGGAAACCUGCAGCGGGUUAAAUGUCAUAGAAAAACAUGCUAUGCAGAUGUGACUGACGCCCUCAAGGACACAAGCAUGCAGCAGCAGCAGGCUGAUGAAGGCGACCAUGAUGUAUGGGCCGUCAUGUGGGUAUGUCCUGCUCCUCCAAAAUUGGAGUCUAAAAACUGCUACACACACAUAGAAGACCAGAUGACGAAGGCAAAAUUACAAACUGCACGCAUUGCUGUGCCAGGAUUUAUGUGUGACGGUGCUAGGAUCCUGCACGUGCACAAUAGCCUGUUCAUCUCCAGUAUCGUCGCAACUCCAUUGGGAUCAAGUUGGAAUGAACUGAAGUGGUGCCGUGUCGAGCGGUGCCCCAAGUUGGAAUGUGUCUUUAGUCCCCAAUUUGGUGAAGCCGCACCAGAAGGAAACAGCAGCAGAAGCAUGGACAUCUUUAGGGAGCUGAGGACAAUUUGGGUGUCACAUCUGCCCAAUGCUCGCCACGUCUUGGAGUAUCCUAGCAAAGAACCCUUGUAUAGAGCAUUCACAAACCUGACAUUGCUGCACAUCUACUGCUGCCCCAGGCUGGUACAUGCUAUCCCCUUCCCUUCGCCCAUGAUGUCAUGGGAAAGUUUGGAGACCCUUGAGAUCAUGUGGUGCGGCGAUCUCAGGGUGGUCAUCAAGGACUACACGACCACGUCGGGCAUUAUUUUCAUUGGGUUUCCAAGGCUGAAGCACAUCCACCUCCACGAGCUCCCCAUGCUUCAAAGCAUCUUAGGUCCUGCCAGGUUCCCGAUUUUCGCACCCUACCUCGAGACCGUCAAGAUCAGGGGCUGUUGGGGCCUCAAGACAAUGCCAUUUGAUGUGGGCAAGAACCUGGUGGAGUGCGACUGCGAGAAGGAUUGGUGGGACAGGCUGAAGUGGCGCUCGAGAGAGCACGCCAGCCACUACAAGCCGAUCCACCCACGGUAUUACAAGAAGACCAUGCUUAGGGGCUCCCCACUCAGGUGAUCAGGUGAUCGAGCAAUCAACCCUUGCUGGGCCCUGGCUCUUCCAUGGAGUUGCUGAGAGGCUGCCCAUAUCUUGCUGUUGCUAGUGCCUCUGCAUCUCAUCACCUACUUGUUCCUGCAUUAGCUUCCGCUUUCUUGGUUUGGGCGUGCCUGUGUGAGCCCCCCGCUUCCACAUGGAUCUUCAUUGCCAUGGAGUAGCCAUGCAUCGUCUACCAGCUGGCCUUGCUUUGCCCUGAUUUGCUUCGGCUUUGUCAAUCCAAUUUGUUUGUGGCUACACUGUGUGAAGUUGAUGAAUGGCCUUCAGUGUAUGCAGCGGCAGCUAGACUAGAGCAUGAGCCUGCCGGAGUGCCAGCUGCCAGCCUCGCUCGCCUCAUUCGAAGCUACAUGCUGCUACGCUCCGGUCAGUCUCGUUUGCUGUGUGGUGUGGUGUGUGAUUUGUCAACAGUUGUGUUCGGAAUUGUUGUUAUCCUGUGUGUGGAUUAUGUUUGAUCCUUGUUAUAUUAACUAGGUGAAUUCCCCGCGCAUUGCUGCGGGAUGUUUUGUGUUAUUUGUAAUUACUAUUAUUGGAUGAAGUUGGGGAAGAGUUUAGAUUUGGUUCA